AUGGGUGAUCGCUCCCGUAUAUUCGGUUACGGACGCUCUAUGAGCCAGUACUACACCGUGCGGAGUGGUACCUGGUUUCAUAACUGUGUAAGCUGGAGCCUAGCAGAGCGUAUGAGGGAUCUCUACAUCAAUGGAAACUUGGUAAACAGACAGGAAACACCAGCUGGGAGGACGCUAGGAUUAGACGGAUAUCUGGUUUUUGGCAACGAACAGCAAAGCUACGGUGCAGGAAUGGAUUCAGUGAACCCUUUAGCGGGCGAGUUGUUUAAGUUGAAUAUGUUCAGCAAGAAGCUUACAGACGCUCAGAUCCAGGAGAUGUCUAAUACCAUGUGCAGUGUCAUAGAGGAUAAGUACGGCGAAGAAAGGAGUAUCAAGUGGGAGGACGUUCUUCUGGAGACUAGACAUGGGAAUGUUUGGGAGAUUGCAAGCGGUUGUCCUGCUGCGAUCAGUUCUGAAGCCAAGUUGGUCACUACUGCUGUUGAUCAGACGUUCACCUGUACUAUCGGAGAACUAGACGUAGGUGAAACCCCUGUUAAUGUGGUCUGGAAGGAUCCUGUUGGUUUGACAGUUUCAGUCUUGGAUACCACCAACUACGUUGUCAGCCAAGGAAGAGUUGAUGGUACUGGCAUUCAGUUGGCAGAACUCACCAUCAAGGCUGCUAAACUGGCUGAUUUUGCUGCUGAAUCAUCCUUCACGUACAAGUGCUCGGUAACAUCGUCUCAGUACACAGACUCACCUGCAUCUACCGACGUAAAUGUUGUAGCCAAAGUCCUGAAACUAGGGAUAACUGCGGUUAACAAAGAACAGCUCGCUGGUACAGAAGCAUUCAUUUCUUGCACUAUCACCGGUCUGACGAAAAAACUUGAUAACGUUAAAUGGACAACUUCUGACGAUGCAGCUAUUUCCUCUGGUCAGAGUGGAUUCACCUUUGUAGAUGGUGAAUUUGAUAACACCGCUGACGGUUCUCAAACUACGAUAUUGACUAUUUCUGGUGCUCAAAACAACGGUGAUACGACUUACAACUGUUUGAUCACAUCUGCUGAACAUGUCGAAACAAACAAGAAGACAGUCGUCAAGUUGAAAACGUUCACGGUCAGUUCAGAUCCUAAAUUGGUCACUGCUGCUGUUGAUCAGACGUUGACCUGUACUAUCGGAGAACUAGACGUAUGUGGAACCCCUGUUAAUGUGGUCUGGAAGGAUCCUGAUGGUACACCAGUUUCAGUCUCGGAUACCACAAACUACGUUGUCAGCCAAGGAAGAGUUGAUGGUACCGGCAUUCAGUUGGCAAAACUCACCAUCAAGGCUGCCAAACUGGCUGAUUUUGCUGCUGAAUCAUCCUUCACGUACAAGUGCUCGGUAACUUCGACUCAGUACACAGACUCACCUGCAUCUUCUGACGUAAAUGUUGAAGCCAAAGUCUUGGAACUAGAGAUAACUGCGGUUAACAAAGAACAGCUCGCUGGUACAGAAGCAUUCAUUUCUUGCACUAUCACCGGUCUGACGAAGAAACUUGAUAACGUUAAAUGGACAACUUCUGACGAUGCAGCUAUUUCUUCUGGUCAGAGUGGAUUCACCUUUGUAGAUAGUGAAUUUGAUAACACCGCUGACGGUUCUCAAACUACGAUAUUGACUAUUUCUGGUGCUCAAAACAACGGUGAUACGACUUACAACUGUCUGAUCACAUCUGUCGAACAUGUUGAAACAAACAAGAAGACAGUCGUCAAGUUGAAAACGUUCACGGUCAGUUCAGAUCCAAAGUUGGUCACCACUGCCGUUGAUCAGACGAUGACCUGUACUAUCAGAGAACUAGACGUAGGUGGAACCCCUGUUAAUGUGGUCUGGAAGGAUCCUGAUGGUACACCAGUUUCAGUCUCGGAUACCACCAACUACGUUGUCAGCCAAGGAAGAGUUGAUGUUACCGGCAUUCAGUUGGCAGAACUCACCAUCAAGGCUGCCAAACUGGCUGAUUUUACUGCUGAAUCAUCCUUCACGUACAAGUGCUCGGUAACAUCGUCUCAGUACGCAGACUCUCCUGCAUCUUCCGACGUAAAUGUUGUAGCUAAAGUUCUGGAACUAGGUGUCAAUAUGAUCAACACGCCACAACUAUUCGGUGCAGAAGCAACGAUAUCUUGUACUGUUACUGGUUUGACGAAGGAACUAGACUCGAUUGAAUGGACCACUUCUAGCGGUAUUUCAGUAACAACUAAACACGGUGGCUAUACUGUUACUGAUGGCGGGUGGCAGCUAGACGGUAAGACUAUCAGUGAGGAAGGAGUGACACUCAACAAGGACAACGAGAUAGUGAAAUUCUCUCUGGCGGAGAAAGUCAGGACAGCAACGAAUGUAACGUCGAUAAUCUCCUUCACUCAUUCCCAGGCUGCCGUAGGAAACCUUCAGUGCAAAGCUAUGUACAGUACAGGACAUGCAAUAAAGACACCUAGUAGCAACCUGAAUUUGAUAACACUAACCUUGGACGUUGAGUGGGUUAUGAUAACACCUUCUGACGGGGCUGUGGUUACUUUCUCUACUUGGUCAGAGUACAAACCUUCCACUACCAACGUGGAGUUUGCAUCUGGUAUUAGCGAGAUUCAGACAAAAGUGGAAAAUACGACUGUCAAUAGUGAUGGGAUAUUGUUCAAAGAAGUUGUUACAUUUUUUAGGAUAUCGUCUGUAAAAUAA